UGUUGCCUUUGCGAGAGAUAUCGCUUUGAAUAAUCUACAAUUUUGAACGUGCUUCCUUUCUGCAAGUAAAAAAUACAAGAUUAAUGUGAUGAUUGGUUCAAAUCAUAUAAGUAAAAGAUACAAAUGAAGAAAUUAUGCAAAAUGGAGAAUACUGUUGAAACAACAUAGUUGUUUUAUUCAUAUCAGAUGAAUAAAGAGUAAGACGUGGUACAAAAGGGGAAGAAAAUAGAAGAAAGAAGGAAAUUAUACUGGAGGAUAACAAGAGUUAAUACAAGUGCAGGACAAUAAUUUAGUAAUGGAUGAAUGGGAGUGAGCACAGCAUAUGUGAAGUGUAGGUGUGGGUGCGUACGCACGUGGGAGCCUCUGGAUGUCGAGGCCGCAGCACUGGCAGUGUCAGUGGCAGUGAUGGCCCCUGCUCUGACGGAAGGUGGUCCUCAAAAGCCUGAAAAUUUGCUCCCUUCCCUUCCAGCUGGUGGAUUUCUUUCCCCAGAGCAGGCUACGCAGGUGUGUCAGAAUCGUGAAAUUCUGGCAAAAUUUGUUGUUUCUGCAAACGUUCAACCAUCAAAGAUUGAUGAGAAGUGCUUACAUGGUAUAUCCAAGGACCUCAUUCGUGAUGUCAUCAACUCGAAAUAUGCAAAUGAUCUUGAUAGUUUGUCUACAUUUACGCACGGAUCUGACUUGAUUACAAAGAAGGCAUUGAUAAAGCAGGAUUGUGAACAACUGGACAUUCCGGGCAGUCCAGGAAAAAAGGUGACUGAUACUAUAAUGAACGACCCAUCUAUGGGUGAUCAAGCGGACAAUAUGGGUUUCUUAAAAUCAAGCGCAGACUUGCCUUUGGUGGGCUCAGAAACAGCAGGAGACAAUAAAAAUCUGGAUGUGGAUCAAAUAAUGGCCUUUGGUACUGACAUAACUACAGAUAAUGAACAAUGUAACAUGGGCAAUGUCGGCGAUAUUGGACAAAAUGUUGAGGAGAUUUUACAAGUUAUUAAAUCUAUUGAGGGUGUGGAAAAUGCAGAAAAUAUAUCUGCAGGUAGUAGUGAACCAGUGCAAAGCACUGUGGAUGGAGUGGAGAUGUUUUCUAUGCCUGAAGAAGGUUUUUCAUCCUUUGAAAGAGAUUUACUUGAUGUUGAUGUAAUGAGUAUUUGUAAUAUUGCUGAUGCAGUGGACCAACAGAAAAUUAACACCUUAAAAUUGCAACAAGAUAUUGUAGCCCAAAAACAACAUGAGAAUGAAAGGAAAUGUGCAUUUUUAUUAAGAAGACUGAGGAAGCUUCAAGCAAGAAUAAUAGGCAGACAUGUUGCGGAAGAAAAUACUGGAGUUCUUGAACUUGCUCAUCAUGGAGUGAAAAAAUAUCUUUUUCAGGAAUUGGUUAAUAUCAGUUCUAAAUCUAAUGUUAGAAACUUUCCUGAGAUUAAUAGUAGUUUGAGUUCGUUUUUGCAAAAGAUUGAAAAAAUGUGUGUUGCCCAGAGCAAUAGUGUGAAUCGUCAGCGAUUAUGUUGCCGAUAUUUUGGUGAUGGAUCGCGUGAUAAUUUAGGUAAUACUUCUGGUAAUAAUAGCAACCGUCAGUCAGUGUUUGGUACUCCUCAAGUUAAAGUUAAAGGUGAAGAAGUAGAGAGUGUGGCUGGACCUUUAGCCACACAGUUACAUGUUGUGGAAUCUAAUCUAGACUCUGAUUGUACUGCAUCUAGUAGUGGUGGAGAAAGUUGUGAUGAAAUGCAAUCAUUUAAUAAUCCACACCAGCAGAAUAUAUCUAUAUCAAAAAGAGCAGCAUGGAGGUAUGCACAAGAUCGUGCAGGUGUAGCAGCAAGAUGGACAUGGUUGCAAGCACAAAUAUCAGAUUUGGAAUAUAGGAUUAGACAACAUAAUGAAUUGCAACGGCAUGUUAGAGCUAAUAAGGGAUUAGUGAUACUUGAUAAUGCAGAAACAGUGAAUGGGUAUAGUGGUGUUUUGCCAGGUUCUACAAGUCGUUAUAAUUCGCCAGAAGGCGAAUUACCCGCUAGUAGGACUCGGCCAUUUGUGUGGAGUUUUUAUAGAAAAAGAAAACUACUACAACUUGAUAAGUUACACGAAGUCUCGAAACGUGCUGCAAAAGCAUCAACAGUAAGAUGUAAUUGUGAUCAUGUAUUACCACCAUGUGCUUUAUGCACUGGAAGAUUGGAUCCAAUGCAACCACAAGAACCAAUCGAACAAAUGUCUGUACAAGAAAGGGUUGCACUUGUGGAUCCUAGUUUUCAUCCUGUUUUGUCAUUUUCUGAUGAAAUUACACAGGGAACUCAUCUUGAAGCCAUUAUGAAAUCAGUGGAAUGGCAACAAAAAAUGUUAAGAGGAAAUUUGCGAAUUACGCGCUUAAAAGAUAAAGAUACUAAUGAAAGAAGAAAUAAAAAACUUCCAGGGCAUAGAGCAAAAUAUGCAGCUCGGUUAAAAAAAUCAUCUUCAAGUAUCCUUACUGCAAGAAUUAAAAAGAAGAUGUUGAAAGGAAAGAGAAACAGGCUUGGUCAUGAUAGAAGUGUCCAUGGUUUAAGUAGGAAGAGGGUACAGAAACUGACAACUGAAGAUGAUGAUGAUAUUAGUGCCCUUUCCAGCUCUAGUAAGCAUUCAUCUCCAGUGCCUUCUCCUCUGCACCACACUAUUACUUCUACUCUAGAGAAGAAUACAGUUAAAGAAAAGAAUUCUCAUGGGCGUUUGAGGCAAAACUCGUACGAUAUUGAUAAUAUAGUUAUACCAUAUAGUGUCGCUGCUUCGACUAGGCUUGAAAAAUUACAAUAUAAAGAAAUAUUAACACCUAAGUGGAGGUUAUGUGAAGAACCUUCAAAGGUUGAUAUAAAAAAUGGAGUUAUGCAUAGGCCUAGUCAAGACAGUGAUUUUGAGGAUAUGUCGGACGAAACUAUUGCUUUGAGACAUGAACGAAGUGAACGAGAAGAAAAUAAACGUUUUAUGACAUACAUGACCAUGCCGCAUCAAUCACGUAUUCGGCAUAAUCGUAGAACAGACAGUCGAGCAGAUAGUGGUGCGAAUACACCAGAUCCUAUGUCUCCACACGCAAGUGAUUUUGGUGGAGAUAUGAUGUCACCAAUUACAUCUCCUCCUGCUACUCCUCAAGUUCAAGAUUCAGAACAUCAACAUAACUCGGAUAAUAUGCAUCGAACAUCUGCUUUGCAGAAUGCUUUUCGACGUCGUACUAUGCCUACAUUGAGAGUAGGAAAGGAUGAUAUUAAUGUUUCGGUAAAUGAGGAUGACAAUGAGAUUUUGCCGUAUGAACCAAGGAUAUUUCCACUAUCCGAAGAAGUUUAUGACAAAAUGCUAGAAGUAAUGCCAGAUGGACAUUGGCAAGCUUCAUCAGCAUCUCUUUGUUCCCGUGAUGAAGAAAAAGCAGAUGAUGAUGGGGAAAUGGAUUCUCCAGAAUCAGAUUCGACAGAAUCAGCUUGUUGUGACAUAGAGGGUGAGGAUCCCAAUGAUCCUGAAUGGACAGUAGCUGACGAUAGGGAUACUGAAAAGGAACGAAUACGUCCGACGGCUAAAAGAUAGGAUAAAACCUUUAACACAUACAGUAUGUCUACAUCGUCGUUACUAUAUGCAGAAGCUACCUGUCAAUUGUUAUAUAUACCUGUCGGUCAUGUAACAUGCACCUUAAGUUAAUGGUAUUAUGAAUCUGUAAAGUGUAUUAUAAAUAUAAAUUUUAUAACUUCAUUCUGCUUAAAUUAAUGGGAAACCUUAAUAAUUGCUUUUUAAGUAUUGCUAUU